CUGCAACUUGGGCUCGAGCUGCAACACUCCAACACUCAAAGACCACGGAAUAUGUCGGACUCGCCAGCCUCUGCUGACGUGGUUGAGAAGGUGGAGCAGGACACGGCGGUUCCGGACGAGACCUCAGUGGAAAGCGAGGAUGUGUCGGAAAAGGAUGACGAGAAGUCCGAGUCGAAAGAGAGUGCGAAGCAAAGCCGCUCUCCAUCUGCUGCAUCAUUAGGCAAAUGCAGUCGCAGUCGUUCCCCUUUGGCUGUGCCAAAGAACAAGAAACGGGAGAUCAUUUGCUGGCACGGACGGGCUUGCUCACGAGUAGACUGUUGGUUCAAGCACCCAGAUGGCCGGGAGAUUGAUGACAAUCCCAUGCUGCGAAAGAGGGAUGGGAAGGGCAAGUCCAGUGGCAAGGGCCAACCCCAAGGAGGGCCACCUUGCAGCUUCCGCCGGCGCCCCCGCUCUCCCUCGCGCCGCUCGCGACGCUCGCGCCGUGGCCGCCGUCAUCAUCGUCGUUCGCGGCGCUCCUCCUCGAGCCGCGCGCAGCGCUGGCAGAGCCCUCUGAGGCGCCGGCGGCGAAGCCGCUCCCGCUCAGCGCGCUCUGCCUCCAAGACAGAGGGACCCCGCAGACGCGAGACACCCGAGGUAGAGAGCAAGGACGCGAAGACUACAGAUGCGAAGAGUCUUAAAGAGAAUGUGAAGGCUGUGAAGGACCCGGCGACCGAGAUUGGAGCUCCUCCCCACAGAAUGGACUUUCGCGAGUUCAUGUUGAGACAAUGUGACGCGGGAGCUUGUCCGGAGACUUGCGUGGCAGCCUUCAAAACCUAUUGCCAGGAGUUCGCCCAGAGGGAGUUCGACCGACUGAAGAACACUGGCUUGUGCUUGGACCUUUACCAUCCUGUGAGCCAGCUGCGAUCCUACGAGUGGCGGCAAAGUAUGGCACAGCAGAGAGCGCAGAGCUUCUUGGCAGAGUUGAGGGAGGGCAAGUACAAGGACCUGUCCUUGCGAUUGGCGCAGCCCAAUGGCGAGGCCACUUGCCCUGUGGCAGGGCAUCAACAGGCCCCAGAGUUUGCCUUUGAUGCCAACAUUGGGACCUUGAUGAUCAGCGGCCUACCAUGUGCUGUGAGCGUUUGGGAAGUGGUGGAGGCUCUUCAAGACUCUGGUGGCUUUGCAGAGGCUGCUUGGAGUGCACCAUCUGCAGACCUGAGCCGAACGUUCUACGUCGGCUUCUCAUGUCCGCAGGAAGCGAAGGAAGCCUUGUUGGUCAUAGCAAAUAAAGCGGAUACGCUCUUGAGCAACAAGGGCCUGACCAAUGGUGUGGCCAAAGUUUCAAUACAGGAUCCGAUGGAGCUUUCAGCCCUGGUCUUGCCGGCUGAGAUGUCGUCGCCUGAGCGCUUGGCGAAAGAUCUCUCACUGUCUGCCGAGGUGAUCCAGCUUUUGGAUAAAGUACACGAGAUCCGCCAGGACUUCACUGCAGAACUUCUCCAUUUCCAGGGAUCUGCUGAACAGAAGUUGGAUCUUCAGGUGAUUUACCUCCGUCGCGUGCACAAUUUUUGCUUCUAUGCUGGCAAGUGGGGCGAAAACCAGUGGACGUUGCGGGACAGCUGUGGUGCUGCAGUUGUCCGCGAGCCUUACUACGAACCAGUGCAAGAGAUUUGGGCAAAGGGCCAUGAGAAACGCAUCAAGGAGUUCCUGAGCACCACAUCUUUGAUUCGACCGGCAGUACUGGGUCAUGCCGAUCCAAAAGUUCGAGUACGCUUUGAUCAAGUAUGUCGUGAGAAAACCGUUGCUGUGACAGAGCAAAAGUUCCAGUGCAAGGACUGUGGGAAAUUCUUCAAAGGGCCGGAGUACGUUGGUAAGCACCUCUUCCGGAUGCACACUGAGAUCAUGCAAGCGGUGCGUGAAGAGUUGCAUCAGAUGAUGGCGCGGGAGGCCUUUGUUGCAGAUCCAAGUCAUCCGCUGUCGUGCACAUUGAACAAGGAUUGAGGGCCCGGCAGCAAGUCCAGCAUGGACUGGCUCAGUAGGCUUGGAUGUUUGCAAGGAAUUCGAUAGUUACAACUUCAAGUGCAAGCAAUUCAGCUGGUUGGCCCACAUGGCGCUCCCUUAACCAGUUCAUUGGUUGGACAGUCAGUUUGUAAGGUUCCGAAAGCCGAUCACCUUGAC